AUGGAAGUUGCUGGUAUGGAGGGAGUCCAUCAGGACGUGGAUGACAUCACAGUGGAUUUCCUCAAGUUGAUAAUCGAAAAAGACACCGGAGAGGAAGAGAUCGAUGUCAAGGACUUCCAUGUAGAACGAGCGACAGAAGCCGGUGAAAAUUUCGCCACCAUCGUUUAUCGUAUCCAGGCCAGCUACAUCUGCAGCUGCGACGGGUUACGGACGAACCGCGAAGCCGUGUACAUUGGAAAAUUUCUUCCAGUUCAGCCGAAGCACAGGGAGACUUUACAGCAGAUACAUUUGUUCGAAAGAGAAGUUGUCGUCUACAACGACCUCAUCCAAACCAUGAUCAAUUUGCAGAAGGAAAAACUGCGCAGGGAAGAUAUUCUCAUGCCCGAUGUUCCCCGUUGCAUUUAUGCUAACGACGAAUCUACACCGAUCGCAGCUGUCAUCAUGGAAGACUUAUGCGGGAAGGGUUUUCGAUUGGCUGAUAAGUACCAGGGUCUCCAACCAGACGAAGUUCGACUCUUGAUGAAGGCUUAUGGACAAUUCCAUGCUUUGGGAGUCCUUGUCGACCGACAUACAGAGUUCAGUUCUAGGCCUAUAUUCUGCGAAAAUGCAUUGGAAAAACUGCCAGAAUUCGGCGACAUGUUGCGGAACGGCCUCGAGAUCGUGUGGAAAGUCCUGGAAAACAUAUCAGGGCAGGAAGAGAACGCUCGAAGGGUGACGAACUACAUAAAGAGAGUCGACGGAGGGAGAGACCGAUUCUUCCAACUGAUAGGGGCAAAGGGAAGAUUGCAGACCUUCAUCCAUGGGGAUUGCUGGUGCAACAAUAUGAUGUUUCGAUACGACCCCGACACGAGAGCACCAGUGGGGAUCAGGAUCCUUGAUCUCCAGGAUGUUGCUUACGGCAACCCCUGCCGCGACCUUCUCGAAUUUCUCUACUGCAGUACAUCUAAGGAGACUCGGAAGGAAACACCUGCUUUCUUCAAGCUUUACUACGACACUCUUGUCGCUACCGCACAGAGUCUGGGCAUCACACUUGAAUACUCUUAUCAAGAUUUCCAGAAGGACGUGGAGGAACGCGAAGAGUUCGGGUUCCUCAUGGCCAUGCUCGGCAUUCCUAGGUCAAAUUUGUUUUCUGAAUUGUGA